AUGUCAGUCAUCACUGGAUCCGACUUCCCAGGCUAUGAGCAGCUGGGAAGCAUUUUCAACAUUUCAGCAGCGGUCUCCAUUCCCGCGAAUGCCCGUAUUGUCGCCACCUCUGGCCAGAUUGCCGAUAACCACGAGCCACUGUGGGGAACUCAUGCGGAGCAAUUCGAAAAAUCAAUGGUCAACAUCGAGAGAGCUUUGGCGGCCGCCUCUCCGCAUAUAACUGAUCCGCGACAACUGUGGGAGGGAAUUUUCUAUGUCACAUCCUUCCAUGUUGGCGUUUUGACAAGGGAAGAACAAUUGCAGAUUGCAGAGAUUGCUAGGGAAUACUUUGGAAAGAAUAAGCCUGCGUGGGCGGCUAUCUGUGUCAAUGCUCUUUUCCCACCGGAGGCACUGGUCGAGAUUCAGGUUCAGGCAGCUUACGGGGAUAAAUAG